GGAUAUUGUCACAAACGAGGCCGUUCGCCUGCAUAUGAAAAGACUUAUAAUGCUUUCCACAAGCCUAACCAUUCUGCAAGUGUAUGCCAGGCUAAAAAAAGGGAGGUUCACGCAGUAGACCAAAAAGGUGCCAGUGACGAACAGGCCUUUUUUAUUGGUGCUUUAAGUCGCAACAAAUGCACAGAGAAUGAUAAAAGGAGAAGUACUUAUCCUUCAAGCUUGACAAUGCAGCUCACUGUAAUGUCAUCCCGGCAGAAAGCAUUUGUAAGGAAGUGGGUAUUGUUUGUGGCAGUAAAAAAGGGUCAAAACUUUCUUCCUAUUCCGGUCAUGAAAACAUUGGGCAAGAGUGAUGUGGCAGUUGAGUACUAAGGAAGAUAUCAUGUGAUUGAGUUUCAGGUGUUUGACGUAGAUGUAAUACCGGUGUUAGGGCUGCAAACUGCCACUAACCUUCAGUUAAUUCAGAGAUUAUACACUGUGGCAUCAAUUGGUACACAGUUCACCGAACCAGAAAUACUCAGUACCUAUGCAGACCAGUUCAGAAGCAUUGGAACACUUCUAGGUGACUAUGAGAUAAAGAUUGAUGAAAGCGCAACUCCAGUAGUACACCCACCAAGGCGGAACUAUGUCGGAUGGAAGAGAUGGGUAUUAUCACAGCGAUUGAACAAUCUACCAAGUAGGUCAACCCAGUCGUUGUGGUUCGGAAGCCAAAUGGAGAUGUCCGUAUCUGCCUUGAUCCUGUUGAUUUGA